GUGCCACUUUCAGGUCUCCUCACACUGCUGGUGGGUUCCAUUUUUUGUCAUAGGGUGCUGGCAGAUUACGGGCCUCCCAUAGCUGCUGCCAGGCCCCUAAUCUGCCAUGGGCCCCUGUACCGCCUCCUCAUGCUGCUGCCAGGUCCAGAGUCUCUCAUGGGUCCCUGUACGGCCUCCCAUUGCUGCUGUCUCCAUCGCCACACUCUGCCAUGUGCCACUUUCAGGUCUCCUCACACUCCUGCUGGUUUCCAUUUUGUCAUAGGUUGCUGUAUGGCCUCCCAUUGCUGCUGCCUCCACCGCCACACUGUGGCUCCAAACACUGGUUUUGGCCCCGUGACUGGCCAAAUGAGUGAAGUGUGCAGUGAUUCUAAGAUCGACGGCACUCAUCUGCAUGUCAUACUG